AUGUGGUCUAAAGUCUUCUCUCCACUCUUGGCUUCUCGGCUUAAACCAGCGCAGAAGUUCCCACAAUUAAAACUUAGGCCACAGCAACACCGAAUUAUCACUCAUCAACGUCAAAGUAAUAUUUCACUUACAUCUUUUGACCCAAACAGCUUAGAAUACGCACGUCGAGAGAUCACUCCCGGUAGUGUUGUAGAAGUUCGUAAUUCGGAACAAAAUCGUUUGCUAGCUUUAGGUUUCUAUGAGCCAACACUUCUUCGUGUGGAUGUAUUCCAUAUUUAUCCAAAGACAGUGACGGAUUUGCCAACUGUGAGUGAAGAGUUUUUUCUCGAACGAGUACGGGAAGCAUGGGAACGACGUCGGCGUGUAUUUAGUUUACGGAGUGUGGGAGAUAAUAACACCUAUCGUGUAGUGAAUGGAGCAUCUGAUGGGAUUCCUUCACUUUACGUGGAUCUUUUUUCUUCUUGUUUUGCACGAAUUGUAGCGACUUCUUAUGGAGCUGAGAGACUUGUUCCUUCUGUUACGGAAUUAUUAAAAGAGCAUGGGACUGAACAGGUGUUACUUGAUACACCUUAUUUAAAAGAUCAUGAAAAGUUAACGAUAAUGAAUCCUACCAUUUCUCUUCCUGAAGUAUAUGUGGAAAAUGGUACUAGACAUUUAUGGGUACCUCCUAAUGAAUACCCGGCAACAAGGAAUAAUCGUUGGUUACUUAAUACUGCCCAUCGUCGAGCACGACAUGUACUUCGGGAAGUGUGUGGAGGAAAACAAGUUUUAUGUGUAAAUGAUCGAAGUGGUGCGGCGACAUUAAAUGCUGUGAUGUCAGCAAAAAAUGUUGUAAUAAAUGAAACAGACGUUGGAUUGUUAGAUCGUCUUCGAGAAAAUUUAAUUGCAAAUCAUUCUUCAUCUGUUUUUAACACAUGUGAAACUUCAUCUUUGGAAAUAGACGAAUUAGGUACUCAUAAAAUGGAUGUGAUAUACUUGGAACACCAUCCAGAGAAAUUAUCCUCAGUUAAACAGUGGCAAAUGACGUUUUCGAGUUUAUUGCAGCAGCGAAUUUGUGGAGAGGGUUCUGUUCUAUUUGUAGCUCAAGAAUCAGCUCCACUUGGUAUUCCUGAUCUCCUUCAGCAAGAGAGUUCAGAAAGACAGUUUAUACCAGCAAAACGAGAGGAACUUUUUAAAGCUCUUUCUACUACCGCUAGUAAAUAUAAACUAAAUAUUCGAAAAAUUCGUGUUUUUGGUCCUUCUAUUGACCAUCCUAUUCUUCCAGAAUGUGAGUCUUUCUGUUUUUCUCAUGUGUUUCUUCUGCAAGGAUCUUCUUAA